AUGUCUCUGUGCUGUGUUAUAAUGUUGCUAAUGCAGCAGAUACAGUACCCACCUCUUAUAUCGGACUAUACGGUAUCAGGUCUAGCCGCCGUCCAACAGCGACACCGCAUGUAUCAGAAAACAUUUUGGCAACAAACACAUUUGCCGUACUUCAAGGACUUGGAUCGAGAGGCAGAUGAACAAUUCUCAAGGAUCAAAACCGGUCUAGCCGCUUCAAUCGUUCUGCGUGAUAUUCGUCCUGCUUUCGUGUAUUACAUUCAAGAGCUGAACAAGUAA